GGCGAAGUUGCCUUCAAUUGUCCGAGCCCAACGUCAUGGAAAGAGUUACUUUGUCGCAGCGCGCACAGGAAUAACCCAAAAGAAACAACACAGAGCCGUGCUGCGUGUUGAUAACACGAAGGAGGAGAUUGUUUGGGCGCCGGUUCUGCUUUCUGCCUCAGUUUAAAGGAUCAAGUGAAGAUGCGCAGGAACCUGUUUACAAGGAAAACGCAGCAAGUUUCAGACUGAGGGAAUGUGGAGCAGACUCAAUAUGCACAGGGAUACCAUUACUCAUCCAUCUGUUUUCAUUCACGCCGGACCACUUUGUCUUGGAAAUACGUGCACCAAGGAUUGUUUUUAGGCUCUGAAAUGAGAUUCAAGUGUCCCGUGAGUGGACAAUGCGAGGCUGCAGUCCAGUUUCUGAGGAUUAAAACAACCGGCGCUGCUUUUGGAGGAGCUCUUUGGUGAAACCAGUUUUGUUUUAGAACCUGUCGUAUUUUUAAUGUGUAAGGAAGUAUCCUUAGAGCAUAUGUGAGGGAUUUAACGUGAUAUAAAGUCAUAUUACUUUGAAGAUAGUGUUAUAUUUGAAAGCAGAACAGUUGGACACAGAUUAGAGCGAUAGCCUCAAUGGGCUGAGGAUGCUAGUGCUCACAGUAGACAUAUUUUAGACUCCUUUGGCGGAUGGCAGUGAUGGUUUUACAUAACUGUUGACUCUGCCUUUGUUUACCAAGUCAGAUCAUUAAAUUUACAUAGGAUAUGCCGUGCUAUCGCACACCUGAUCCAACAGCUGCCAUGUAAUUUGAGCUGCUUGAAUAUUACAGUGAGCUAGUGUCAGAUGUUUCCAAAACAGCAUGCUUCCAGACAGUAGCAUUAGUAUAAUCUAAGCACUAUGUGCAUGUAGAAUUUGUUGCGUUAGGACCCACUGGAGUAUCAAGAUGUCAGUGAAAGCCAAAGCACUCUACACUUUUCAAAGUGAGAACAAAGAGGAGAUCAGCAUCCAGGAGAAUGAGGAACUUGUGAUCUUUGAUGAGAACUCAGUGGAUGGCUGGUUUCAGGGGGAGAACAGCAGAGGGGAGAGGGGGCUCUUCCCUGCAUCCUAUGUGGAAAUUAUCCGCACUCGUUCCAACUCAAAUGUGACCGACUGCUCCAUAAGCCCAGCCGGAUCUUUAGGAAAUGACUCCUCCUAUUUCCACUCAACUCCAAACUCUUCCCUGCAUAUACAGCAGAGUUUCUAUGAUGACGACGAUGAUGACUGGGACGACUGGGAUGAUAGGUCGACGGUGGUGGAUGAUGCUGACCAUACUAGGAGCCCAGGGGCCAACGGACAUGCACAUCAGAGCCCACUGUCCAACAACCCUAAUGUGUACUACCGCUCCAAACCUCACAUGGAGCGACAGGACAGCAUCUCCAGCUCCAGGAAAGGCAGCAUGGUGGGGAGGAACUUGAACCGAUUCUCCAGCUUUGUCCGCUCAGGAGUUGAAGCGUUUGUGUUGGGUGAUGUACCCAUGAUGGCAAAGAUAGCAGAGUCCUACACUAUUGAGAUGGGUACCUUAGGGCCUGGAUGGAAGGAGAGCCCACAGCCUUUCUCCUGCUCCAUUGAAGACCCAACAAAACAGACAAAGUUUAAAGGCAUCAAGACGUACAUUUCAUACCGGGUGACGCCCAGCCACACAGGGCGCCCCGUCUACAGACGCUACAAACACUUUGACUGGCUGUACAACCGCUUACUGCACAAGUUCACUGUGAUCUCCGUGCCUCACCUGCCUGAGAAGCAGGCCACAGGCCGAUUCGAGGAAGACUUCAUCGAGAAGCGAAAGAGACGAUUGAUACUGUGGAUGAACCACAUGACGAGUCACCCAGUCCUCUCCCAGUACGAAGGCUUUGAGCACUUCCUGAUGUGUGCCGAUGACAAGCAGUGGAAACUGGGCAAGAGACGGGCAGAGAAAGAUGAAAUGGUGGGUGCACACUUCAUGCUGACCCUCCAGAUCCCCAAUGAGCACCAAGACCUUCAGGAUGUAGAGGAGCGGAUCGACUCCUUCAAGGCCUUCGCCAAGAAAAUGGAUGACAGCGUGAUGCAGCUCACGCACGUUGCCUCAGAGCUGGUUCGUAAACACCUGGGUGGGUUCAGGAAGGAGUUCCAGCGGUUGGGGAAUGCCUUCCAGUCUAUCAGCCAGGCGUUCAUGCUGGACCCUCCCCAUUGCUCAGAGACCUUCAACAACGCCAUCUCCCACACCGGCCGCACCUACGAGAACAUUGGAGAGAUGUUUGCAGAGCAACCUAAGUACGACCUCUUCCACAUGCUGGACAAGCUGUCGCUCUACCAAGGCCUGCUGGCCAACUUCCCAGACAUCAUUCAUCUACAGAAAGGUGCCUUUGCCAAGGUGAAGGAGAGCCAGCGGAUGAGCGACGAGGGGAAGAUGGACCAGGACGAGGCAGACGGCAUCAGAAAGCGCUGCAGGACGGUUGGGUUUGCCCUUCAGGCAGAGAUGAGCCAUUUCCAUCAGCAGAGAGAGGUGGACUUCAAGGACAUGAUGCAGGCCUACCUCAGGGAGCAGAUAGCCUUUUACCAGCGUGUUGUCCAGCAACUGGAGCGCACCCUGCGCAUGUACGACUGUCUGUGAGGACCGAGCCCUGCUGUCCAGGUCAAGAUGCCAAAAAACACAGACGGAGAAGAGGAAACUAUUUUUGAGAGGCACUCUGCCGAGGUCGUGCUUGGUCUGAAGAGACUUUUAGUUAAUAAAGCAGGAGUUACUGGGAGGACGUUUAAAGCCAGUCAGUCUUUUACUUUGAUGGAUUCAAAGUCACUUUUUAAAGACCUACUGUACCUUUUAUUCAUAAUAUCCACGUCACAUGGACAGUAUCACUGCUUAGUGUUUAUUUUACAUAAUUUAAGGUGUUUGUAACAUUAAAAUAAGAGUAUAGGUUUCAAAUUCAUAGCGGUUCUUUAGUUUUUAAGUGUCACACAUACAGUGAAAACGGGUUUUGUUUGGAAAAUGUCCCCUUCUCUCCAACAUCAUGCACUUUGGCUGCUGGAACUUCAGUUUACUAAAAAAUGCUAUAAUAAUCCAAAUGUUUGAUGUUCUGGAGAUUUAACAUGUCAGUUAAGUACAUCAGUCUUAACCUUCUAUCAUGUGAAAGACUCACUGAUAUCACGUCAGUUAGUGUGUAGUUAUUUGUUGCAGCAAGUGCCUUUAAGAAACCGAAGCUUCAUGGUGGAAUAAUUUAAAAUAGACCGGCUGUCUGUAGCAUGAUUUGUGUUUUACGGGAAUGAAAUGUAUGUAGAAACAAGUUUGCACGUCUUUGUGGUGGGACUGUAUGGAAAUGUCUGUGCGCGUGCGAGUUUAAUGAGUCAAUUCCCUUUUCCUAAAUGAGAAGAAAGGAGAUAUAAAUUCCUCGUAUGCAGCAGGUUUAUCCAGCUAACUAGUAGGAAAGUAUGAGAAAGUGGAUUAACUGGUUGUAUGUGGCAGAACGUCAGCUUAGCAUUUCAGGUCUUUAAAGUCAAACAGCUGAUAAAAGAUAGAGUAUUUCCUGUUGGGUUUUGAGGUUUAUUGUUGUCAGGGUUUAAAUCUAUGUAAUUUGAGCCUCAUUCCAAACCACAACUUAUCCAUGAAUAACAGAAUGUUAUGUACUGUUCAAAUGAUCCCUGUACGGCACCAAUAACAACUUCAAGUAGUUGUGAAAUAUGUUUUGAAGAAUGCUUAUCUAUCUGUUAGAUAUGAAAUUUGGCCUAGCUUAGCAUAAAGACUGUAAAUGGAAAGAACAGUUAAAAAGCAUUAAAAAGUUUAAAACUGAAUCAAAGAAAUGUUGUUUGGCAAACUGUUAUACCAGUACUUAUGCUAAGCUAAGCUAACUAGCCCCAGUUUAUCUUACAGGCAUGAGAGAGGAAUCAGUCUGACUCUCAGCAAGAAAACUCGGUGACCACUUGAAGCAACGUGACUGCUAUCCUGUCAUUCACUACAAUACUGCUGUUGGCAUCAGGCUACUGUGCAUUCUGGUCAAUAAUUACUAAGAUGGUGUAUUUCAGAGCCAUUAAAGUAAGAGGAAGUAACAGAAAGACUUAUUUGACACAAAUGACGGUGACUCCCUAAGAUGAACUGAGUCACAUUGGGUGUUUGAGAACAGAUAAACUUUUGAAGACUGUGCUGGGAAAGGUGUUUCUCUGUCCACAGAUGAUCUUAAAACUUCCAAAAACCUUGAUGCUAAUGUAGCUGACCUUGCAAAUACUGUGUUUAAUUUCUCAUUCAAAUGUCAGACUACACAUUAAGGCAUUUGUUGGCACUCUCUGUUGUCUCAUUUAUUUGAAAGUAAACAGGGUCACAUUUUAAGGCGCAACAUCAGUGUUUGCUGGUGUUAGCAUUAGCCCAUUCCAAAGCAGCAGACUGCAUUUCUCAGACACCCCCUGUUGUUGACGACUGCAUGCUAAAAUGUUCAGAAUAAAAUGGAUUAAACUUCAAGUUAAGGUAAGGGAAAGGACACCAAAAGUUAAAAGUCAAAAAGCCAAACUACUAAGCCUAAAUAAGAAACGGUCCGCUCACAGGACAGAACCUUGCUGUCCUUGAAAACACUCUAACAUAGCUAAGGCUAUAGCUAACAAAGCUAUGUUAGCUACGCAUGUAAUGUAGCUGAGGACUAUGCACAGAUGUGGAUGAAAUUAUUAACCCCCCCAUGCAAAUUUAAGUAUUCAAGGCAUUGCCAUGUGCUGUUAAACAGAGCAGGGAAUUUUAGCACAGCUUUUCAAAUGCUUACAUUAUUAUUUCACAAUAGCCUAAUCAUUUUUCCUCAUCUUUAUGUAGCUUGUGUGCCCAAGACUAACUGACAUUAGCUUAUGCUAGGUUAGCAACAGCUAAUGUAGCUACAUAGCUAUGUUACCUGCGUAACUAACGUGCCUAUGUUAGCAUUAGUUAGCAAUGUUUGCUGGAGCUCAUGUUGCUAAAGCUAAAGCUUACAUAGCUACUGUGGCUUAUGCUGUACUGUAAACUGAAUAGCUACUGUAGCUACAUUAGCUUUAACAUUAAGCAACCAAUGGUAAAGCAAGCGACUGUUUGCCUAUCUACAUCUAAAACAGGUCAAUACAUAAUUUAAUCCUGGAUUAGACCUUUUUCUUCUUUAUUUAUGUAACUAUUAUGUCACUUCUGUCCUGACAGAGGUGGCGUCUCACUGUAGCAGUCUUCAAGAGGGGGCGUCUGAGAGCUGUGGUCUGCAGCCAGAUCCCUCUUGCCCAUUCAGUGCUUCUGUUGCAAAUGAAAUGUUGCUACAAAAAAAAUAUAGUUUUAUGCUUCACAAAAUGAAAACUUUCCUUGAACCAAAUGUGCACUACACAGAUUUCCACAGCCAAUCUAUGGACAGGUUGGAAGGCAUCCAGAUAGAAACACAUCCACUAAUGCUUUUAAGGCAGUACAGGACAGGUAUGAUGUCAGAUACUAGAAGUCUAUAAAGAUAGUACCCAGUCUUUAGAUAUUUCUUCACAUACAUAGACCUAAUUGCAAUGUCUCUAUCUGUGAUUAUAACAUAGUGCUGCAUUUUAUGGCUAUUUUUUCUGAUUUAGUGAUCAAAAUUUUCCACACUAAAUGAGAUUUGAUCAUCUUGAGUGGCUGUAAGGAUUUUCUGUCCCAUUCUUCUCUGUUUAUUACUUAAUAAGAGUUGUUCCAGUAACAUUACUCACCCAGUUUAAUGAGACAAACUUCAUGGCAACUUGCGGUUUUGACGAGACUAUCUUUAGAGUCGUGUUAACCUUUGAGGUUUCAUUUGGAGCCCGUGUUGUUACAUUUAUAAGCAUGAUUUCAAAACGUGGGGUUUUUACACUUUUCUUGUGCUUCCCAGAGUUUAUCAGUCUGUUGUGAAACAUCGAUUCUUUUGGAUAUAAAAGGGUUUGAUUUUUCAGUGGCAUGUUUGUGUGUGCAGGGAAGUUAAUUUGCUUUAAUGAAUUCGAAGUCACAACCUUUAUUUUGGCUUCUUCAAAACAAAGAUCUGCUGAUUCAGAGUGUAGAUUUCUCAGUAAACAGAUGUUCUGUGAGUGUGUUUGUGUCCGACUGUUACUGGUACUGUUCAGUCCACAUCUGAGGCCUUUAACUCUUUGCUGUCUAAUGUUUUUGUUCCUUUGUUUUUCAUAUUUCUGUUAGUAUUUGCACUCAUUGUAGUUUCUCCAAAGACCAAAGAAGUCAGACGUUUUCUACCAGACUUCCUUUUUUACUCCGUUUGGUUGUAGUGAAAUGAAAUGCUCUCUCUGGUUUUAUCAUUGUAUCUGUUUUUAAGGAAAAUGUGAAGAGCAUAUUUGGAAAAGUAAAGAAACAUUCCAAAAAAAGGAUACCAAAGGCAAAGAAAGCAGAUUUUGGCAAAGGAAAAACAUGCACAGUGCAGAAGAGAAAGUGAAAAGUCAUUGUAAGACGUGCUUGCAGCCCUAAUCUGGUUUCACACAGACACUUUCCUCUCAUGCUUCGAUGCUGCCGAUAAGUUAAAUGCCAGGCAUUUCACACGAGUGACUGUUUCUUUACAUGGAUGUGUGACCUGCUGGGCUGCAGGAACUCUGUGCUUGAGUUUCAGUCUCUGAAAUAACAGAUGGUGAUUCACAGUAAGUGAUUUGUCUCAUGAUUUAAGGGAAGGGGACCGAAAUAAAAGUCAUGAUGGAGAUCA